AUGCCAGCAAACGUGGAGGAACAACGGCGACUCUAUGAACUGCGGAUUAAAAAGAAAAACAUACAUCGCCGCAAGCAAUUAGCAUCUUUACAUGCUGGCAAUAAGCUGCGCUUAGAUUCUAGCUACAAUUCUCAGUUUGAAAGUGAAUCUGGUUCUGCUGAAACCGUGUCCUACCGGCGGAAGAUAGCAGAUUUUGGUAAAGCAGGUGUCAACCUAUCAAACCACAGUGACGAUACGAAGAUUAUGAUAGUGAGGGCAGAGAAAUUUUGGGCGCUGUUUUGGGUGAAGUUAAAGGGCGAGAAAGAAGCUGCCCCUGAGGAUGAAGAUCUCGAUUUCGUACUUGGCGAUAAUCCAUCAGAGGCCCUUGCUAAGGACCCUCAGCAUGGAUAUAUGACUGACGACAUUUUAUUUGAUAUUCAUAACUGGAUCCCGCAAUAUCUCGAGCUUGACACGUCCGAAAAGGAGAAGUCUGGAGGGAAAUCUAAGAAGAAGAAGUUUACAUUCUAUGAAGGGGAAGACCUAUCAUGCUGUGCAGUCAGCUUUAUGCUAGCACUUGCUCUUGCUGAUAACGCGUUCAAAAACGAAUUCAAAUCUUAUACUUACAAUCUAGUUGUCCCUCUAGACGCUGACCGCAUAACACUUGAAUGGGACGACAAAUGGGCAGAGCGGCCUAUCUUCCAUGACGUCGAGGUCACUGCUAAUGGAGUCCGUAUUUCUAAGACCAAACCUUUCCAGUAUGCGAAGUAUCAAUAUUACUUUGUUCCCCUUGGUCGGGUGAUGGGAUAUGAGAAGGCGCUCAAGCUAUAUGGCCUACGGCGAGGUUCCGGGAAGGAGCUAAAUGAGAUCAAGCUGAAGGGCUACACCACGAUCAAGGCGGCUCAGGGAACGAAGUUGUUCGAGCAGCAUAAAGAGGCUCAAGCUAAUAUAAACAAUUUGAGAUGCCAAUUAAGCGAUGCAUUACUUGAGAAGACUAUCAAAGAAUUUCAUAUAAACGUCCACACGGAGGAGGUCACUCGACAAAUGCAGGGUAUCUUCCCUGCUGAUGCUCUCACCUCCCCUCCAAAGAAGUACGAACUCAAGGAGCAAGCUGCAAUUGUCAAAAUGCUAGGCAUGUCACUUAAUGAUUUAGAUGAGGAUCAGGUCAUUGAACUAUGGAUCGCUUUCGUCGAUAACCUGGCACUGAUCUGCAACAGACAAGGAUGCCCUCGCAAGUAUAAGGGACUGAAGUUAGAGAAGCAACAGCCGGAACAUCUCUCUGAUGUCCAGAAGAUGUAUAAAAAUAAGACGAUUGCGAGUGUUCAGCAGAUCUAA